AUAUUUAACACUAGGGGACGAACGCGCCGUCCACUCAGUCGCCCGGCACACACGACCAAAAUACAGACAUCUCUAGCCAUAAGGAGUCCUAAACCAUCUUAGUUCAUUUCCUGUGAUAAUAAUAUAAUUAAUAGAUAAGCAAGCUGUUGUGUUUUAAAAGCUCCCCAUUAUGGGGCGAAAUAUUAUUUGGCACGCCGCUUUGAUAGUGUCUUGUUUUUGCAUCAGUUCGUCGCCUUCCCCUCAUACUGAUGCGUAUUCAUUCCUACGGAGCGCAGUAGAAACCAUACCUCAACAUGAGCCAAUUGCAACUCCCAUCCGAGCCUCUGUUGAAAGCGUACCAUUAGGGAGUCUUCGUGAAGAAAGAGAAGGCAGACUGCCUUUACGCGAUGCAGUCGAAAAACGACCAAUAUCUGUUAUAAAUCCCAACAUGUAUAAAUUUAUUCAGGAUGUGGAGAAUAUACCAACAGUACAACAUUUAGAAAGCAUGGAUAAAUUCUACGGCGCCGCCAGUUACUUAAACAACGCUACGAACGACGAACGGCUACACCAUGGUAACGCCAACCUUCAAGAAAUGCAACAGACAGCGACGGAUACAGGUUCUCGUCGGUUGGUAGUAUGCUACUUGGAGUCAUGGGCAGCUUAUCGAGCACCACCUUUGGCAUUUACUGCGAGCCUCGUACCAAAGUCAUGCACACAUCUCCACUAUGCAUUUGCGGUUAUACAUCCUCAUACAUAUGCCAUUAUACCAGCUAAUGAAGACUAUGACAUUAUAAAAGGUGGUUAUCGCAUUGCAACUGGAUUGAAACAACGUUUACCUGGUAUCCGAGUCAUUAUAAGUGUGGGCGGUGAUGGCACAGAUCGCUUAUUCAGUGAAAUGGUACAAAGCCCAAGAAGUAGAAGCAAAUUCAUUGACAGUGCCUUAAGCUUUUUACAAGAACACGAUUUUGAUGGACUCGAUCUUCACUGGACAUAUCCUGGUGACGAUGACAAAGAAAAAGAUUUGCUGACAUCAUUACUUUACGAAAUGAGAGAAAAAUUUUCGACUUACGGUUUUCUCUUAACGACCGUUUUACCGCCAUUUAGAUACCAAAUAGAAGAUGGCUAUGAUUUAAGUGCUGUUAGUGGGGCUACUGAUUAUGCUGUUCUUCAGGCGUGGGAUAUGACUUACGGAAAAAAAGAUGAGCCCCCCUCUACAGCUCUUCAACAUAGCGCAUUACAUCGUGACCCCGGUGCAUCGUCUAGAGACCAAAGAUAUGACAACAUUGAAUUCGUUGUAAGAUAUCUCAUACAAAAUUCUAUGGCAGCUGAGAAACUAGUUCUUGGUGUUCCUUUAUUUGGUCGAAGCUACACAUUAGUUGAUUCGACACAAGCUUCGCCUGGGGCCUAUGUUAGUGGAUGGGGUGAAGAGGGACAAUACACACAGACUAAAGGAAUGUUGGCCUAUUUCGAGAUAUGUAUGGCUGAACGUGAAGGAAAAGGCAUGAGCAAUGUUGACGAGGCCGGGAAUGCUUAUGCUGUGUUUGAAAAUCAAUGGAUUACGUAUGAUACUCCUAAUACUAUUUUAGAAAAGAUGCGAUUCGUCAAAACAUCUGGUUUAGCUGGUGCUGCCGCGUGGGCUCUUGACAUGGACGAUUUCCGUGGUUUAUGUGGAUCAGCGUUUCCAAUAUUAAGCGCUAUAGCUACAAGUUUAAAUGGUGAGGCUGUUCCGUCUGGCCAAUCUUCAUUAAAAAUCGGGUCUUGUGAUUCUGAUAUACCAUAUUUGGCUUCUGAUGAAGAGUCUUGUGCACAUUUUCAUUUUUGUAGCGGUAAAAUAAAUUAUAGAAUGGUCUGCGAAGAAGAUCGACUUUAUGAUCCUUCUACAGGGUUCUGUGGACACCAAGAUGUUAGGAGAUGUAUUCCAGGACAAACAUUAAGGAUUAACGUUAACGAUGCUGUACGUUUCUUAUCAAGGGAAUACGAAACCGAUUUUAAAUGGAGUUAUAGCCAUAAAAAGGAAUCAUUAAUAAACCCUGAAAUGUAUUCAUCUACAUGGGAUAUUAAAAAAAAUAAAGACAAUGACAAACGAGUGGUAUGCUACAUGACGAGCUGGGCAUUUUACCGCCGUGGCGAUGGUAAAUUUGUUCCGGAGUAUAUUGAUACUAGACUCUGCACACAUGUUGUUUACGCUUACGCGUCACUGUCUCCGACUGAUUUGGUCGCAAAGGAGUUUGACCCUUGGGCAGAUCUUACAAAUAAUUUAUACGAGCGCGUAACGUCUUUGAAGGACGUGAAAGUCCUCCUAGGCCUUGGAGGAUGGACCGAUUCUGAUGGCGAUAAAUACUCCCGAUUAGUGUCAUCAGCUUCAGCUCGAUCCAAGUUUACAGAAAAAUUACUGACUUUUAUACGCAUGCACAAUUUCAAUGGCCUUCAUCUGGACUGGAAUUACCCAGUUUGCUGGCAGAGUAAUUGUAAAAAGGGUGCAGCAUCAGACAAAAGAAACUUUGCUAAAUUUGUUGAGGAACUAUCAACUGCAUUACAUGGUGCUGGAAUGGAACUUGGAGUUGCAAUAUCGGGUUACAAAGAAGUGAUCGAUGUUGCCUACGAUUUGCCAGCCAUAUCUAAAGCAGCAGAUUUUUUAAGCUCAAUGACAUAUGAUUACCACGGCGGUUGGGAACAGAGCACUGGACAUCAUACACCAUUGGUACCACGGACUAAUGAUCAAGUCUCUUACUACUCCAUAGAAUACGCCAUAAAAUCUAUGAUCAGUGGUGGUGCAGAUCCCAAAAAACUGCUUCUCGGAUUGUCUUUUUAUGGCCAAUCGUUCAGGCUCGCCGAUGUCGAAACAGCAAAAGCACCUGGGGCGCCGGCGGCAGGCCCCGGAGAACCAGGAGAGUUCACGAAACAACCAGGAAUGUUGGCCUAUUACGAAAUUUGUUAUAGAGUGAAGAGUUUACGCUGGAAAACUGGUAGACAAGAAAACGCCGGCCCCUACGCUUACUCAGACAGUCAGUGGGUGGGAUACGACGAUCCCAAAUCAAUAACGGAAAAGGUGGAAUGGGCAAUGAGGCAAGGGUUGGGCGGGGUGACGGCAUGGGCGAUCGAUCUAGACGAUUUCAACAAUCGAUGCUGUAGCGAGCCGUCGCCGCUGCUGCGGGCCGCGGGCCGCGCGCUCGGCCGCUCAGUACCCGCACCACCAUCUGCAGCCUGUGAGCGACCUCCGCAGCCGGUCACCCCACCACCGCCUACUACCACCACCGUUGAAUCUGAUGGUUCAUUAGGUGGAGGUGGAGGUGGCAGUCACGGCAACCAUGACCAUCACACGUCAACCACAUGGCCGAGCUGGACCCAGGCGACAACGACCCCCAGCUCCACGCAGACGUGGUGGCCUGUAACAUCCACCACAAGCCUGGCCACUACAACGACACGUGCCACCACCACCACAACUACCACUACAACACGACCCACUACUGCAGUAACUAAACCACCAGCGAUAGACAGCGAAGGAGGCGCGUGCAAAGCGGGCGAGUACAGUGCAGCACCCAACGACUGCGAAAGCUACCUGCAGUGUGAAAGCGGGCUCUGGCAGAAGCAUCGCUGUGCGCCGGGCCUUCAUUGGGCGUCUUCAGUCAAUAGAUGUGAUUGGCCUAGUUUCGCUAAAUGCAACGAAAAACCAAGUAAUGAAGCGAGCACAGCGACUACUACGCUUGCGCCGAUAACGGCGCGCCCGCCUCGGCCCACCACAACGAGAACUACCACAACAACUACUACGACUACGACAACCACACGCAGACCAUCGACUACUACCACCGCGUCAUCUGACACUGAUUCACAAAAAGAGGGUGGUCCAUGUCAGGGACAGGACUACCGGCCGGUGUCGGGAGACUGCAAUUCGUACUUACAAUGCGACGGCAGCGUGUGGCGGCUGCAGCGCUGCGCGCCCGGCCUGCACUGGAGCCCCACAGAGAAGCAAUGCGAUUGGCCCAAGUACGCAAAGUGCCAAGAAUCAACUUCAAAACCCGCUACUCAAAAGCCUAAACCUACACGUCCUCCAAACCCCACGAGACCACCUACAAUGGCGCCUAGCGGUCGGCCGAUGGAGGACGGCGAGUGCGGCCCGAACGAGCACCACGCGCCCGCAGCCACCUGCGACUCGUACCUGCUCUGCACGGGCGGCCGCUGGCGGCGGCAGCGCUGCCCGCCCGGCCUGCACUGGGACAAGCGCACAAGCCGCUGCGACUGGAUCGAGUUCGCCAUGUGCGAAGCUAAACCAGUUUCCACUAAGUCGACGUAUCGUCCGACGACUUACACAACAACCACCAGAAGACCAUUCACAACUGCUAGGCCUACUACCGUGAUGGAAGAGGAUUACAGACCAGUUACGGGUUGCACUACGGGGACGUACCACUCGCACCCGAAGUGUGAAAAGUUCUACGUGUGCGUGAACGGGGUGCUGGUGGCGCAGAGCUGCGCCCCGGGGCUCGUCUGGAGGCCCGACCGCUCGCAAUGCGACUUCCCCAACGCCGCCUCCUGCACCGACCGCCGUGAGGGCAUCUCGGCUGGUAUCAUGGCAACGAAGCAACCGGCCACCUCACAGAUGAUUAUACAACAAACAGCAUUUUGCACAAACGGCGAGUACUCCGGAUACCCUUCUGAUUGUACCCGAUAUCGGCACUGUCUCUUCGGCAGAUUUGAAGAAUUUUCAUGCAACAGUGGUCUUCAUUGGAAUCGGGAAAAAAAUAUUUGCGACUGGCCAGCAAAUGCUAAAUGUAAAGUAACGUCAUCGAGCUCAAAACCAGAACAACCGCCACCACUACCUGAACCAGAUCUUGAAGAUAUACAUGUCGUCUCUGAACAUCAAAUGCAACAACAUCCAUCAGUAGAUCCCCCAAUUAGACCAAGUCUUCUUAACACUCGAUACAAACUCGUGUGCUACUAUACAAAUUGGUCCUGGUAUCGACCAGGCAUCGGUAGCUACGUGCCUGAAGACAUAGACCCUACACUGUGCACCCACAUUGUAUACGGUUUCGCUGUAUUAGGAUCAGAUGGUCUCAUGUCAGCACAUGACUCAUGGGCAGAUUAUGAUAACGAAUUCUACAAUCGAGUAGUUGCAUACAAAAGAUACGGCAUCAAAGUAUCCCUCGCACUAGGUGGGUGGAAUGAUUCAGCCGGUGAUAAAUAUUCAAAUCUAGUCAACGAUCGCUUGGCUCGUGAAAGGUUCAUAACGCACGCAGUACAAUUCCUUGAAGAAUAUGGCUUUGAUGGUUUAGAUUUGGACUGGGAAUAUCCUAAAUGUUGGCAGGUGGAUUGCUCAAAAGGUCCUGAUUCUGACAAAGAGGCUUUCGCUGAUUUCGUUCAAGAAUUAUCUUCCGUAUUAAAACCUAAAGGGUUGCUACUGUCAUCUGCAGUCUCGCCGAAUAAAAUAGUUAUAGAUGCUGGCUACGAUGUUCCUGUGCUCGCCAGAUACUUAGACUGGAUUGCUGUCAUGACAUAUGACUAUCACGGACAGUGGGAUAAGAAAACUGGUCAUGUUGCACCCUUAUAUUAUCAUCCAGAUGAUGAUAACACUUAUUUCAAUGCAAACUACACCAUGCACUACUGGAUCCAAAAAGGAGCACCUCGAUCGAAACUAGUAAUGGGCAUGCCACUAUACGGACAAACAUUCACAAUCGGAACUCAAUGGGACACUCCUCCAAGACUUCUUGCAAGAAAGAAUGCGACAGGAUUAAAUGUUCCUGCAGUAGCUGGGGGUGAACCAGGAGAAUAUACACAAGCUAAGGGUUUCUUAGCUUACUAUGAGAUUUGUGACAGAAUUAGACAUAGCGGAUGGCAACUAGUAAAAGAUCCUUACCAGCGCAUGGGCCCUUACGCAUACAAAGACGAUCAAUGGGUAUCAUUCGACGACGUUGAUAUUCUAAAGAAAAAAGUUAAUUUCAUCAAAUCUCUUAAUCUCGCCGGUGGAAUGGUAUGGGCACUCGAUCUUGAUGAUUUUAGAAAUAGAUGCGGUCUAGGAAAGCAUCCACUAAUGAAUGCUAUCAAAGAAGGUCUCUUGGAUCCGAAUGUGGAACCAGAGACUAUUACUAUUCAAUAUCCAAUAGCAGAACCCUCUAAUUCACUAGAAGAAGAUUUAGAUGACAUUGAAGUAAGACCAGGAUACAAGCCUAAGCCUACUUCACCACCUGUUAAACCUAUAACACAGACGAACCCUGUAGUACAAACAACUAUGAAACCGACAACAGCAAUUGACACUGUAGUAUUACCAGAAGAACGUUAUAAAGUCGUUUGUUAUUAUACUAACUGGGCUUGGUACAGACAGGGUUCUGGAAAGUUUACUCCGAGUGACAUAGACUCAUCUCUGUGUACCCACAUCGUGUAUGCGUUCGCUGCGCUGGAUACUGUUAAGCUAGUUAUCAAACCGCACGACAUGUGGCUCGAUGUCGAAAAUAAAUUCUACGAGAAAGUGGUAUCUUUGAAGAAGCGAGGCCUAAAAGUUUUGCUUGGGCUAGGCGGAUGGGAUGAUUCCGCGGGCAACAAAUAUUCACGAUUAGUGAAUAGUCUCGCCGCACGCAGGAAGUUUGUUGUUCAUGCCAUUGACUUCCUCGAACAGUACGAUUUCGACGGUCUCGAUCUAGACUGGGAAUAUCCUAAAUGCUGGCAGGCGGCUUGCGAAAAGGGUCCAUACUCAGACAAAGAUGGUUUCACCAAUUUAGUUAAAGAGUUACGUGCUGCAUUUACUCCACGGGGCCUACUCUUGUCUGCUGCGGUGUCAGCCAGCAAACGAGUUAUUGACGUUGCGUAUGAUGUGCCAACUCUGUCAAAAAAUUUGGAUUGGAUUUCGCUAAUGACUUAUGAUUACCACGGACAGUGGGAAAAGAAGACAGGUCAUUUGGCACCCAUGUAUGGCCACGAACGUGAUGAUGAUUAUACAUUGAACGUUAAUUACACUGUCCAUUAUUGGAUCAACCAAGGAGCACUUCGUGACAAACUAAUCUUGGGCGUACCGUUCUAUGGGCAAUCGUUCUCUUUGAUAGAGAACAGUGCAAACGGUCUUGGUGCAUCUAGCGACGGAGGUGGCGAACCUGGUGACGAGACUAGAGCACGAGGCUUCUUAUCAUUUUACGAGAUAUGCGAACGUAUAAAAGUACAAGGCUGGCGCGUGUACCGCGACCCGGGCGGUCGUAUAGGGCCGUACGCGUCAUACGACGACCAGUGGGUAUCAUUCGACGACGAAUAUAUGGCGCGGCACAAGGCGGAGUACGUACGCGCGAUGGGUCUUGGCGGCGCUAUGGCUUGGGCGCUUGACCUCGACGACUUCACCGGCCGGCACUGCGGCUGCGGAAAGUCCCCGCUGUUGACCACCAUCAACUUUGUACUGCGGAACAACGAGAUGCCACCGCCUUGUUUCCUUGAAGAGAUGCAAGGCCCACGUCCAGAUAUGACAAGUGACAAUAAUUUAUCCCCGGAUGUGGAGAACGUACCGGGGAUUCUACAUCAGCCUGACAUGAAUCAUCAAGAAGACAACACUGGAAAUUCAGAGUUUUCUACAUUAGAAGGGAAAUCGUGUUCAAACACUAUAUUUAAAGCUGAUAGCGUAGACUGCAGCAAAUACUACUUAUGCCUAAACGGACAAUGGGCCGAGCUCACCUGUCCCGCACCGUUACUCUGGAAUGAAAACCACUGUGACCUACCAGAGAACUCACCAUGCAAGAGCAAAACACAUUUACGACUUACUCGGGAGAAGUCAGAGGAGAAACCUAUACUUGCAUGCUACUUCACUAACUGGGCAUAUUACAGAAAAGGCGAAGGCAGUUUUGGACCGGAAGAAGUAGACCCAUCACUGUGCACGCACAUUGUUUAUGCAUGGGCAAAUCUUGAUGGCUCGUCAUAUCAGAUAGUUCCUGGAAAUCCAGAACUAGAUGUACAAUACGACUUCUACGGGAAACUGACAGAACUUCGAUCAAAGGGAUUAAAGGUUAUUCUCGGUGUGGGCGGAGUGAAGGACUCUGAGUUUGAGAAAUGGAGUCGUUUGGUCGUGAGCCCAGAAAACAGAAAGACAUUUGUUAAAUCAGUCUUGAGAUUCUUGCAUAAGUGGAACUUUGACGGCCUCCAGAUAGCUUGGCAGUAUCCUAUUUGUAAACAGAUACCAUGUAUUGACUUCGACAUCACAGAGAAAGACAACUACAGCGCAUUACUCACAGAGUUAUCCAAGGCGUUGCGCCCACACAACUUGGAACUAUCAGCGAUGGUGUCACCGAACCCAGAGCUAGCAUCUUUGGCGUACGACCCAGAUGUGUUGGCAGCGACACUUGAUUGGAUUUCCAUAGCAGCUAACGAUUACUACGCUUCCAACACUGGGAAAACUAGUUAUCUUGUCUCUUUAGAUAUUAGUGACAUCACAGGAAUAAGCAGUUUUAACUACUCGAUGUCGUACUGGUCGAGCGUGGUGGCGGCGCGGCUGCUGGUGCUGGGCGUGCCGGCGUACGCGCGCACCUACACGCUGCGCAGCGCAGCGCCGCGCCCCGGCGCGCCCGCCGUCGGGCCCGGCCAGCCCGGGCACUACACCGCCGUGCCCGGCUUCCUCGCCUAUUACGAGGUGUGCGAAGAAGUCCGCUAUCGUAAUUGGCAGGAGACACGAACGGAGAACGGUACGUACGCGGCACUGGGUGCACAGUGGGCCUCGUACCUACAUGUAAGCGAGAUGGAACGCGCGGGCGCAGCCGCAGCACACGCAGGGGCACGCGGCGCUGCGCUGUGGGCUCUCGACCUGGACGACUGGACCGGCCGCUGCGGCUGCGGCCCGCGCCCCCUAUUACACGCCCUCCGGCACGGACUCUACGAGCCAGACAUGCCCUCGGCUGUCUGUCUUUAAUCAGCCUCGAGGAGCAUUGAAGACAGGAGAAAAAAAAACUUUACGAGAAUCUCAACCCUCGGUGCCUCCCCUUAAGCCGAUACUGAUGUACAUAUACAACUCACUUAAAAAGAAAUUUGUCCGUAGACAAAAUAUUUCUCGCAGACUAUUAUGGUGCUCUAACACGGCUAAAGCCCUAAAUGCACUGAGCGAUUGUACGAGUAGUAACGAUCCGUCGUUCGAUCUUUAAAAUUGAACGACAGAUCGUACGUGUAUGAUUUAUGGCGAUAUCGUACACAACUUUGUAUAGAAAGAUGGGUUUUUCAACUGUAUUGUAUUUUUAAACAAUUGUGUAAAACACAUUUCAUUUAACAAUUCUACAGACAGCGAACUCAAUUUAAAUUUGUCAAUAUUUGUAUAAUAUGAUGUCGCGAUAUAUGAUGAUAUCAAAUAAUAUUACGAUGUCAUGCUACAACUAUCUGUUAGAGAUACCGCCACGAGUGAUAUGGAGCAGAUAAUAAAUCUUCACCUCCAGUGUUUGUUACUAAGUAAUUAUUUCUCAAAAAGCUAUUCGUGUAUGCGUGUCUUAACAGGAUCAAAUUAAUUACAUGAAAAAAUCGUGUGAAUUACAAAACUAUUGAAAUAAAAAAGAAAGUAUGAUUACGAAAUUAGAGGUUUACGUGUAAAAUUAUUCAUGAAAUUAGGUGCAUGGAUAGAAGAUAAAACCGAUUCGUAAACUAUUAUUAUUUCACUAAGGACUCUGUGAAAGACGCCUAAGGUAGCAUUUACAUAAUCCAUCACCUUUUAAUGCGCAGGACCUUAACGCUAUGAAUAUUAUAAUUAUAUUCAGAUUCUCUGGUCAUUAGAAUUAAAAGGCUAUAACUUUUAAUUACAUAUUUCGAGUCCAAUGAUCAAAGUUCAACAUAAUCUGUUCCUAAGUAAAUUUAUAAAUAUCUUAUAAGCAUCUACUUACGACAUAUUUGCAUUGUUUUCGAUUAUAGAUAAGUAUCUAUAAACGAAAAUAAUUGUUUAUUAUACUCGUAGAAUCUGUAAAAAUCGUUACACAUACUCAUCUAAUAGGUGCCUAAGUUACUAAAUGCAUUAAAUGUGUGUUUGAUUCAAUUGUCCACAUGACACCCUUGGUGGUAUGGUGAUUAAAACAAACAGCAUAUUUGUAAUACACCAUGAAUCAUUCUUAUUGAUAAUAACAAGAAACAUUCUGAUUGUGAUAUUGUUUUAUUGCUAGAUUAUAUGUUUCUUAAAACUUGUAUAACUUGAUAAUAUAACUAGAUAGGUAACUAAGUUGAUAUAAUGUAGUAUGUAUCUACUUAAGGAAGUGAUUAAUAAUUUAAUAAGUUUUAUUUUUUAUUUUUGUAAGUUAUACGUAAAUAAAAAUUUUAGGAAAACAAAUUUGUAAUAAUAUAGUAAUUUUGUACCUACACAUAUCCGGAAAACACUUAUUUUUUUAGAUAAAUAAUAUUUUCUUAAAAAAAAAAUAAUAUACUUAUUAAAGUGACACUUGAAUAUAGGUAUUGGACUAUGAAAAUCUUUUCUCUAAAUUGUGUAAAAGUACUUAAAUAAACUAUUUUUUUUU